UAGAGAACCAGACCAAAGGGUUAGUGAGAACCAAUAUAUCUCUGUUAGCGGUUAUGCCGGCUCCGCACUGUUUUAAUGCCAGCUCAAGAGACGCGUUUGAUUUGGAGAAGGCUGAAAACUAGGGUUUUACAAGUUGGUGAUGAGAAGAAGAGGAACAAAAAUCUAAGAAGAGAGAUAGAUAAUCAGGAUUUUUCCCUGAUUGGCUGAUUAUCUUUGUUUCGAGUCAGGAUCACAACAUGGGAUCUAAGAGGAUGAGGCUACAAACGUCACCGAUGUCUGAAAUGGACUCCACAGAUGAAAUGCACGAGGCGUUGUUCGCGAAGAGAGGGUGUUGUUUCCUUAUGCCCUGCCUUGCCUCAUCUCAGCCGUCCUCUCGGGGCAGAUCUUUGUGGUGGCAACGGAUCAGGACAGUGGAGAGGCUCGAGCCUGAGGAACGGUGGUGGUGGAUUAGAGGGUGGAGGAAGACGAGGCAGUGGUCGGAGGUCGUAGCUGGCCCUAGAUGGAAGACAUUUAUCCGCAGAUUGGGACGCAGCCACUGCUGCGGUGGAAACAGUGAUGGAGGCGGAGGCUGCGUAGCAAUAAGUCCUAACCGGUCAGACCAGGGUAAAUUCCGGUACGAUCCAUUGAGCUACUCUUUAAAUUUCGACGAUGGAAAGCAAACGGGACAUUUUGAAGACGAGUUUCCAUACCGGUAUUACUCCAAGAGGUUCGCUGCGCCUUCUUCAUUGCCGGUCUCCACUAAAUGCACCAUGGAUUUCGAUAGCGACAGAGAAAGCCAUGAGCUUCUUAAGUGAAAAUGACAAAAGACUAAAGAGUUAUUAGAUAUGUUCGUGUUUAUGCCUUUCUUUUGUUGAGAAACAAAAUAUUGUUUCUGUAGUGGUUGAUCAUGUUCAUGUGCAAAUGAAAUUCCAACGAACUCAUCAGUAGUAGAAUAGUUGCCAUGGAAUAAACAUGAACUCUUUGAUGUAUGUUAAACCAAAUUGGCGUAAUGAAUGUGCUGA